CGGGUAUCUCACGCUGCGUGUUUUGAAGUGAUCACGAUUUGCCUGCAGCGCGGCGCGAAGAUGGUCCCGAGAAAACCAAAGACGAAGCUGGAAAGAGCGCGGCAGUACCUGAGGACAGGUGGCGUGUACCGUGAGGACUCCGAUGAUGAGCUGGGAACCGAAGACUUCCCGUGGGAAUGGAUCUACGAGGACUCAAAGGCCGGCGCAGGCAAGAGCAGAUCGAACAAGCGACAUGCUGCCGCUCUUGAGGAGAGCAACAUCAUCGGUGCCCGAAUGGGCAAAUUCGAAUGCUUCCUUGGCGACUGCGUGUUAUUGAAGGCAGAGGGGAAUGAGGCUUGGGUCGGAAUUAUUACACACUUUUUCAACGAUGACGAAAAUGACCAGAAGAUGGCGAAUCUGAUGUGGUUUUCGUCGCCCUGGGAGAUUCGGAACAAACUGAAGGCUCGACCAGACGCACAUGAACUCGAACUGUACAUCACCAAAUCAUGGGAUGACAACCCGUUGGAAUCCAUCAACGGUAAGGCUCUGAUAAUGUCACCGGAUGCUUUUAAGAAACAGUUCCCAAAGGGUACCGUGCCGCGAAAUCAUCCACACUUCGGCAAAGUCUUCAUCUGCCGGAGGGGUUGCAAUACAAGGACAGCUACAUAUACAGAUGAAUUUGUCUGGGAGGACGUCUACAAAGGUUAUGAAUACCUACACGAUCUUGAAGACAUUAUCGAGACACAAACAAAGGCAACCAGAAAACGUGGUCCGAAAGCAAAAGCAAAAGAAACGCGAGACCUCGACGACUUCGUCGUUGGUGAUGACGACGAGGACGGCUUGCCAAAAACACCAAAGAAGCGUAGAAGGAUUGAAGCUGGCACUCCAUCCAAGCGAAAGGACCUCACGCCACGUAAAUUUCUAACACCGACACAUAAGCGCAUAGUGGUCAAGAAACCCCUCGAAUUCACUCCACUAGGCACCCGAAUCCUGUCUCCAAACGUCCUUUCUUCGCCAUACCAGCUUGCACGCUCACAUCUACAUGUCUCAUCUGUGCCAGCUUCUCUGCCCUGCCGCGAAGAGGAGUUCUCAGAAGUCUAUAAUCAUCUCGAGACCGCCAUCACCGCCGGUACAGGAUCAUGUAUCUAUAUCGCUGGCACUCCAGGCACCGGUAAGACGGCAACGGUGCGAGAAGUUGUUGCGCAACUCAACGCCGCCGUCAUGGCAGAAGAGCUCGACGACUUUAUCUUCGUUGAAAUCAAUGGCAUGAAAGUCACAGAUCCUCACCAAUCUUAUUCGCUGCUCUGGGAAGCCCUUCGAGGAGAACGUGUGAGCCCCUCUCAUGCACUUGAACUCCUAGAAAGAGAAUUUUCGAGGCCUAGUCCGCGACGAGUACCCGUGGUCGUGCUGAUGGACGAACUAGACCAGCUAGUCACCAAGAAUCAAAGUGUCAUGUAUAAUUUCUUUAAUUGGCCAAAUCUACGACACUCACGGUUGAUUGUUCUUGCCGUUGCCAAUACCAUGGAUCUGCCCGAGCGAACACUAAGCAAUAAGAUCAGCUCGAGAUUAGGCUUGCACCGCAUCACGUUCAAGGGUUAUACACACGCACAACUUAUUCAGAUCAUCGAGAGCCGGCUUGCAAAUGUUCCGAACGACGUCGUACAUCCUGAUGCAAUUCAGUUCGCCAGUCGAAAGGUUGCAGCUGUUUCCGGCGACGCCCGCCGCUGCCUUGACAUAUGUCGUCGUGCUGUCGAGAUAGCUGAGUCCGAGGCAGGCGUAUCAAUCGCUGACUAUAACAGCAAAAGCGAACCAGGCACGCCCAGUAAAACGGGUAGAGGAGCUAGGCCAGCGGAGUCAGAGGGCGCUGCACCCACGAAGAAACAACACAUUGUAACGAUAGCCACGAUCAAGGCUGCAAUUGCGGAGGCAACAAGUUCUCCGCUGCAACAGAGUCUGCGAUCGUUACCGCUAUCAAGCAAGAUUUUCCUCGCCGCGCUCCUGGCGCGCAUACGACGCACAGGUGUUGGAGAAGCACUGGUCGGCGACGUCCUAGAUGAAGCGCGGAAUCUGGCCAUGAUGGCAGACUCGGCAGCCAUUCGUGACGUGCUUCUGCUGCAAAACAAAGAGAAUGAGAAUGGCAUGACUCCAAGGAAAAGCGCCGUCAGAGGCAGAACUGCCAUCAUAGCGGCGAGGGUACAGGGCUUAGAAGAAGCCGUAUUGCGUCUUGCUGAAGGCGGUGUAGUUGGCGUAGAAUCUAGAAAGGGUGAGCGGGCGAGGCGUGUUAGACUUGGCGUAAAUGACGAAGAGGUUAGGUUGGCACUAAAAGAUGACGAUGAAGUCAAAGGAAUGGGAUUUGGUUCGUAAUAAAACUAUGCUUGCAAAUGAUGCAACAUCACUAG